UUGUGUUGUGCUUUCUGACAUGUUUCCAUCUGCUGUGCGGAGCGGUGUGCAGCUGCCGGUGUUUCUAUGCGGGCUUGGAGCGUCUGUUUUGGGUCUUUACGCGCACUGGCCGCGGAGUGUACAUGUGAGAUCGUGUUACGGACUCUCAUUCCUCGGCGGGGUGAGGUUCAACCUGAACCAGGUGACUUACGUAACUCAGCCGACUGACCCACAGCGGCUCGCAGCGCAGGACGCAGCGCACAAACCCGCAGAAACUUCCUUUUUUGUAUGACUGAGGACCCGAGGCUGCUGCUGUCAGACUGUCGGCUCCGCUGGGUCACACCGAGAGGGUCCGCUGUCUCCUCUUUGUUGUCAGCUGGACGCGUUCAGGAGUUUCUGUACUUUUCCACUCGGCAUUUCUUGGCACUCGGCCUCCUUCGGCUCAGCUCGUCUUUUGUGCGCGGUGGGAUCGUGCGUCACUGCCGGCGGCUCAUUGAGCGGCUGCCAAACAUGUUCCCAUGUUGUGUUUACCGACGAGAGAAAGUUAUGAAAGAACGCUGGAGAACCGUUUUGGUUUUAAACCUGCAGAAAGUUUCCUCAGAGGAACAUCUGGACGCGGUUUGUGUCUGAAUGUGUGCUUGCGGAUCUUUGCUCUGCGACUUUUGCGCUCUUGGCGACACUUUGACGCAGUGAAGCUGCUCAAACAUUCACCUCAGAAUAGUGUUUAAUGUGAAAACUGUUUUUUCUGCUUUUUUUUUUGUUUUUUUGAUGCAACCACAGUCGAGGUGCGGCUGUGACGCAAUGAAAGCGCAACGGCCGCUGAUUGGUUGAAAAAGGUCCAUUUACCGAAACGGAAUGUUUGCAGAAGGAGACGCCCCCCGCUUGGGGGGCGGGGGGGCUCCUCCUCCUGACUCGUAUAAAACCAGAGACUGGACUCUAACAGUCACUUUAACUUUGGCAUCAUGACGGUGAAAACAGACACAGAACCGGUCCUGACCUACUCCCGGUCCAGAGGACUCGUAGCUUUGCUCACCGCGUUUAUGAAACAGAGGAAGAUGGGACUGAACGACUUCAUCCAGAGACUCGCCACCAACUCCUCCUACAGCUGCAAGCAUCCGGAGGUGCAGUCCAUCCUGAACCUGAGUCCUCCUCAGGAUGCAGAGCUCAUGAACUCCAACCCGUCUCCUCCCCCCAGUCCCUCCCAGCAGAUCAACCUCGGCCCGUCCUCCAACCCUUCAGCCAAACCCAGCGACUUCCACUUCCUCAAGGUGAUCGGCAAAGGCAGCUUCGGGAAGGUGCUGCUGGCUCGCCACCGCACCGACGACCAGUUCUACGCCGUCAAGGUCCUCCAGAAGAAGGCCAUCCUCAAGAAGAAGGAGGAGAAACACAUCAUGUCGGAGAGGAAUGUGCUGCUGAAGAACGUCAAGCAUCCGUUCCUGGUGGGGCUGCACUACUCGUUCCAAACCGCCGACAAGCUCUACUUCAUCCUGGACUACAUCAACGGAGGAGAGCUGUUCUACCACCUGCAGAGGGAACGCUGCUUCCUGGAGCCCAGGGCCCGGUUCUACGCCGCCGAGAUCGCCAGCGCUCUGGGUUACCUGCACUCGCUCAACAUCGUGUACCGAGACCUGAAGCCGGAGAACAUCCUGCUGGACUCGCAGGGACACAUCAUCCUCACCGACUUCGGGCUCUGCAAGGAGAACAUCGAGCCCAACGGAACCACGUCAACCUUCUGCGGUACGCCAGAGUAUUUGGCUCCUGAAGUUCUACACAAGCAGCCGUACGACCGAACGGUGGACUGGUGGUGUCUGGGAGCGGUUCUGUACGAGAUGCUGUACGGCCUGCCUCCGUUCUACAGCCGGAACACGGCUGAGAUGUACGACAACAUCCUGAACAAGCCGCUGCAGCUGAAGCCCAACAUCUCCAACGCGGCGCGCCACCUGCUGGAGGGUCUGCUGCAGAAGGACCGCACCAAGAGGCUGGGCUGCACCGAGGACUUUAUCGAAAUCAAGAACCACAUAUUCUUCUCCCCCAUCAACUGGGACGAUCUCAACGCCAAGAAGAUCACGCCUCCCUUCAACCCCAACGUGACGGGUCCCAACGACCUGCGGCACUUUGACCCGGAGUUCACCGACGAGCCGGUGCCGAGCUCCAUCGGCUGCUCCCCGGACAGCGCCCUGGUGACGGCCAGCAUCAAGGAGGCGGCCGAGGCCUUCGUGGGCUUCUCCUACGCGCCGUCCAUGGACUCCUACCUAUAGGACUCGCUGUGAGCCGCCGGCUCCGGGACUCACGGAUGUUUUACAACCAAACCCUGCAACAAACCUCGUGUACUCGCCAUGUUCCACUCUUGAAUGCGUUUGAUUUCCCGCCCCCGGAGGACGUCGGGAUUCUCCUCCUCGGCACCGGUUUCCAUCUUUUCACCUACUCUGGAGGGUUUUGCACACCGCUCAGGCAGCUCGAGGCUCCUCCGUCCUGACAAGCACACUCAGACUUCCACCUUCCUGCUGAUCCUCCGUCGAGUCUGAAGCAGCUCAGAGCUCAUUUCGGUGCUUUUGGUUUUACUUUCUGCACAUCUGGAAAAAAAAGGGAGUUUAUUUGAAGCUGAAUGUUACAGAAGAGGACGUUUUGUCGUGUCAGAGGUGCCUUUCUUUGAGUUCCCCGCAUCCCGUCGCUGGUUCGUCCACCUGAGAGGAUGAUGUAGCACUAAGUUAGUUCUGUCUUUAACGUGAGGAGCUGAAACGUCUUCAUUUGCACAUGACCCCGGUGACGCCGACGGCGCCGGACGGACCGAGCGUCUCCGUCGCCGACAUCGUCUUCCGUUCGCCUCGCAGAGACUCACUGAACCCGACAUUCCAUUUUAAUAUUGCUGUAAUGACGGUAUUUAAGUUUGUUUGUAUAUUUGGAGUUCUGUGUUCUAGUUUUAAUGUAUAUUGAACAAAGAGACGACUAAAGUAUGCUCAAACACGUAACGAUUCAUGUUAAAUGUACUGUAAAUUGUAAAAUUGUUUAAGAUUUAUGUGACCAUGUUUGGUUUGCAAUAAAAGUUUAACUUUAUUACACCUUAAA